AUGGGAUAAUCUGCAUCCUCAUAAUCAAAUCCCAUUUCUUCUUCUUUCUUUAAAACUUUCUAAAGCCAAUUCAAGCCAAUUGAUUUAAAAAAUGAAAUUAAAACCGGAUAAAUCUACAUCAAUGAUGCCAACCAAGAGAUGGUUAUUGAAUUCCCUUAUAGAGUUUUUAAUCAUGAAUCCGAUGAACCCUGGCUGAAGUUCCAAACAAUGAUCAAAAAAAUUCAAGCUCCCUACAUAAUCGAUUAUUACGGAAGCAUUGAAAAGCAAUCAUCAGAAUUUUGCUCAACUUCUACUGUUAUUUCAAGCUACUUUGAAUACAUACCCCAAAAUUUAGAGAAGGAAUUAAUGCAUAGAAAACAACAUUCAGAAAGAUUUUCUGAAAAGGAAUUAUGGUACUUUCUCUGGUCAAUUACUAAUGCUCUCUAUGAAUUGAAGCAGAAGGGAUACAACCAUUAAGAUAUUAGACCAGUCACAAUUUCCUUAAAAUCAAAUGGUUAAAUAAAAUUAUGUCCAAUAGGAAUAAUAAUUGAUUAAGAAAAUUCAAUCAAUAAAUUUAUCAACAAUAAAACAGAAACGUAUCUUCCUCCAUCUCUCAAAAAACAACUGCUACAAAAUUAGUAACCCAAAAUCCAAUGGAAUUCAAUUGAUUCUUAUGCUUUGGGGAAAACCUUAUUAGAUUUGAUGCAAUUAAAUGAUUAAAAAUAAUUAGAUGAACAACAAAUUAAUGAAUUGCAAAAUUAAUGUUAUAACCAUUACUCAAUCUAAUUGAUUCGAAUCAUGGAGUUAUUAAUGGCAGAAUCAGCAAACCAAUUAACCAUAGAUGAUGUUUAUUAUAUCCUCAAACCAUACCAAAGCAAAAUACUUAAUUUCUAAGACUUUGUUGUUAAUUAUGAAGCGGUAAAAUAAAAUGCGCUUCCUUUAAAUAACACGCUGAAGUGUAAAUCUGUUAUUGAAAGUUUUCCAUAUCGCUACAGUCAACUAUCCAAUUCACAGUAACAUUAACGAUCUUAAUCAGAAAUUAUUUAUGAAACAUAAUAAUAUUAAUAAAGCCCAAGACAAAUUGAAACAUAAUAAAUCAAAUAGUAAAUAUCAUAUUAAUAAGCCAACAAUAUUGAGUCUUAAAGAUCCCAACCAAACAUUUAUCCAUAAAAUAACUUUAUAGAACAUAAUAAAUUAGGAAAUUAACCCAUGUUCUUUUAACAAAAAUCUGAAUUCUAAUUUUAAGAUCCAAAUCUUACCCAACAAUAAUUUUAAGUUACUAACUAACAACCAAAACUUAUUUCAAAAUUAAUGUUAUAAUCCUAAUUAAUUCCAUCAUCUCAAUAACCAAUACAACAAGAUACCUUCAGCACAACCUAUAUAUCUCCUAACUAUCAAUUAGCACAAACUUAUAAUUAGACACCCUCUUCAGUUCUAAGCAAUCCCAAUGUUAUUGUAGGUCCAUCUCCUACAAUUCUGAAUUAACCAAUAGAUGGCUCAACUAUAUAAGCAUUCUAAAAAUAACAAUAAUCCCCACAAAUCCCAUUAGGUUCUACUACUUUAUAGCCUUAAGUACCUAAUAUGUAAAUUCCAAUACAAAAAUACCCUGCUUAAAAUUAAACUUAUGAUUUUGUCACUCCAAAAAGAGAAAUUUAAUCGAAAAAUUUACCAUUAGGAGUUCCUAAUUAAACUAUAAAUGGAGCAAUAUAAACUGCAGAUGUCCCAAAGGUACCUAUUUAAUAGUAUAACUACACAAAUCCUCUUUUAAAUACACCCUACUAACCCAAUAAUUAAAUGUAAACAAUAAAUGCUGCGAAUCUACCCAUAAAUCCAAUUACUUAUUCAUAAGUUCCUAAUCCUUAUUAUGUUACACCAAUUUAAAAUCAUAACAUAUCAAAUUAACCUUUGAAAGUUUCAAGUUAAUUAUCUUAUUAACCUCAGUAACCUAUGUAAAUCAAAUAAGAUAUAAAUGAUAAUUUUAAACCGUAAUAUCAUAAUUUUGAUAGAAUUCGAAAUAUUCUUUAAGACUCAGAAGAUUUAUUGUAAUCAAUAAAUAAAUGA